CAAUCCAAUUUGACGUUUAUUCAAUGUGGUGAACUUCGCUUCGCAUGGUUCUCGAUAUUUCUUAUUUAUUCUAGAAAUCGUCCGGCGGCAGGUGAUUCAUUUCGUUGAAUAAAAGCGAUUGUGAUUUGUGUUUAUCGUCAGUGUUGAAACAAACGUGAAUCUAGUAAGAUAUUGUUGGCCGAAGUGAGAUUGAACGCGCGUGUGUGAUAACAGAUUUGGUCAAAAUGAGUUCAAAUAAUCAUCCAAAUGGGAUUACAUUUCCUAGUCCCGCUGCUAGUCAAGCGAGUGGGAUGGUGCCGGCGCCUGCAAUGCUGACUUAUCCGACUGACGAAGUUGCUGGUGGUCUUCACAGUGAUCCCUUAAGUCCUCAGGACUCGAGCUCACGAGGCUCUGCGCAGAAACGACCACCACGGAACUUGCAGGGUCUGCUGAAGUUUGCUAUGGAGGCCACACAAGCUGAAGAUGCUCCCGGCAACAAGGAUCUAGCGCCAAUGGAUGAACAGAGGCGUAAAUUCCUUGAGGAGGCCAUAAAGAGUUUGACGGUGAACAUAGCAGAGGUGCUAGAUAAUUCCAUCAAAGUCCUGACUAACUCGGAGAAGAUUAACAGCAUACAGGAGGGAGACUCCUUGCCUGAUGAGGUGAAGAACUCCUUCACCGUCUUAUUGGACCAUGUUGAUGAUCUGGAUGUGGCUAAUGAUUUCUUCAAAAUGGGUGGGUUUGCAAUGUUCCCAAUAUGCUACGGCAGUCAGAAUGAGGAGUUGAGGACUCGUGCGAGCUCCGUGCUGGGCACGAUUUGCCAGAACAAUGAGUUCUGCCAGAAGAGGGCGCUGGAGUGCGGACUACUGCACGUACUUCUCAACUUGGUGCAGAAGGAACAGGGGGCUGCACUUGCCAAGUGUUUGUACGCAAUUUCAUGUAUGUCUCGUGGUUACGAGCCGGCCUGCCACGAGCUGAUCACGCAGGGAGGCUGCCCUGUGCUCGUGGAACUGCUCAGCUCCUCCGACUUGGCUGCCAAGACCAAGGCAGCGUUCCUCAUCAGAUACUUUGGACAGUACUAUGCUGAUGCUAGACGGCAACUAAUAAGACACAACAUCGUAAAGGUGAUAACAUCACAACUGCAAGCUGGUCGGGAUGAGAGCUCGGAGCACCUGCUCAGCAUACUCCAAGUCCUGAUCAGUUCCAAGGAUCCCAACACCUUGAGACUCUGCAGGGACCCGAAGUACAACCUCAAGAAGAUUCUAGAAGAUUACCUGAACUUGCCCGAGUUGAGGGAUGAUAGGUUUGUGGAAGAAAAGCAGUAUUGUACGGAAAUAUUGGGUACUGUCUUUGGAAACCGAUCUCCAGUUGAGGAGCCAGCCAGAUAAGUAGGUUGCGUACUUAAGUCAUUCAUCUUCAUUGUAUGUUUACCCAAAGAACUUUGUUUAAUGGACUGUAUCUACAAACUGUAACUUAAUUAACGCACACAGUCUUAGGGGGUCAUUGUACUCAUCAUUAUGAACAACUUUUACUAUGGCACCAACUCCAAAAUCGCAAAAUUCAAAUCAACUGUUUCAUACAUUUCGACAAGUCACAUGACCAAAAAUGUAUGGAUCAACUGAUUUGAAUGGUGCCAUAGUAAAAGUUGUUCAUAAUGAUGAGUGCAAUGACCCCCUAAGACAGUGUGUGUUAAUUAAGUUACAGGUUAUCAAUUUAUCUAUCUGUAGAUUUGCUUACUGUAACAUACAAUUUGCGUGUAAUGCAUGGUUGAUGCAGUGACUGGCUGCAGUGCAUCGUGUUGUGAGUUCGUUUCUAGCUCGGUACAACGACUUGUGUGAUCCACAUAUUGUUGUUUCCAGUCUGACUGUGAUGUAUAUGUAAAUUUGUAUGUUUGUAUUGUACACGCACCUACAAUGCAAGGGAAAAUCCUAAUGUGGGUUUUAAAAUAAUAAAUUUCAUACAGUGUGUGUCAAUAUUCAAUUUUCUGUAUGUAAAUCUACAAAUAGAUGAGUUUAAUAAAACUGACUAUACAUUAAGCAGGUUUUUACUAAGGGACUCGUACCCUUAGUACGAGUUUGCAUUCUAUCUCCGUCGGCUGGUCCCAGUUUUAGUUUCUAUAAGUACAUGCUUGUAAAUUAUUUUUGCGGGUUCAAUCACCAUACUCAGAGUCAUUUAAUGGUUACUAAACACAAUUAGUUAAGGAUACAAAAUCGUUACUAAGGAAUAGUUAUUCAUGUCCCUGAGACGCGCUGGACUUCAGUAUUCCGGUGUUUUCAUGAUUAUAUCUACUAUAGAUCCUGACUUACAGGAGUUGCAGCGGAAUGGGAGGUUGAUGAAAAGGAGUUUGAGUAAUCAUUAAAUGUCUCUGAAAACGGCAGACAAUGUUGUAUAUAAUUUUGUUUGAUUGUGUAUUUUGUUGUAAUUGAGUGGAUUUUGUAGAUUUUGCUUUAGUUUAGGUGUAAUUUAAUGUCUGCGGCUAUUAUUUAGAUUUAUGUGAUUGCCACUAGUCUAGAUUUAUUUAAUUUUGUAAUGUUACAAAAUUAUUUUCCUGUUUUAUUUGUAUAUUUUGUACAAUAUUUGAUCUGUCUGUUUUAGUCUCUGUAAUAGUGUUAUUAUUACACGCACAUAUCUUAAUGGUUUCCAUAAAUGCGCCUGUUUCAGUUAAGCGCCCACUGGCCCACAUCGUACACAUUCCGUAUGACGUCAUCGGUACGCAUCGCAUGUAGGCAUUACUGAUGUUGCGGUCCGUACGAUGCGGAUCAGUGGACGCAGUUGUAUGAGUUUCUAUACAAGACAAACUAAAAUCCGUUGCGUACGAUGCGUGCGAUGCGUACGAUGCGGGCCUGUGGACGCUUACCUUUAACCAUCAUCAUAUAAGUGCCAGAUAAACUUAUGUAACAGAUAGUGCAUACAAAUUACGUUCUUAAUUCAAAGUUAUCUGAUACAUAGCGGCUAUCCAGACAUUGUGAAACAAGUUAUGUUCUAUCGAAUAAUCUGUGUUCUUUAAAUUGCAUUUAUUAAGUACCUGAGUUCUUAUUGUCAGUUGUCAUUUAUGUAAUAUGUAGCGAUUGUACGAGUAGAUUCGAUUCAAUGUAGACAAGACUUGUAACCUCCUUUGUAAUACUAUUUAUACCAGUAACCAUUUAAUCAUUAUAAUCUCACUACCAAUUAUAUAACUUCAUAUCGUAUUAUAACAUAUACUUAAUAUAAUAAUGGGAAUUAAACGUAGUUAUGUAUCAACUAAUAAAAGUUAACCUUUCGUAUGCCGUAUAUAAGAUAACAUGGUAGAUAUCCCACCCACUCGCACGAAGCGCUUCGCUUCAAGCUACCUUGUGCGAACUGCUAAGGAGUGGAAUUUUUUGCCGGAGUCUGUUUCCUGAUGGGUAUAACCUGGGUAUCUUCAAAGCCCGAGUGAAUAGGUUGCUUAUAGGCAGACGUGCUCCAUCGUAGGCCGCAUCAUCACUUACCAUCAGGCGAGAUAGCGGCCAAACGUCAACCCAUCAAAUGUAAAAAAAAAACAAUAGAAAAUACAUUGUGUCUCGCGUAGAUCUGCGUUCCGGCACACGACGGGUUAAAUUACGUUUGCGCUAAUGCGCGAAACAAUAAUAAAUACGUGUGCAUUGACCGAUUUUUCGGAAAAUAAAUUCACAUUUUACACAAUAUUUUAUCUUUGAAAAGAUUAAUUUGAAUUAUACAUUGGAAAAUUUUGAUGAAAUAUUUCGAAAAAUCGACCAAGUACAUGAUUGUACUAUGUGUUAAGCACAUAAGUUUUUUAUAUGCCUGACUUAUUCGCUUAUACAUUAUGUAACAAAGACUUAUAAGUAUGUAGUAUCUAUGUAUAUGAAUAAAGUUUAUACGUUUAGUAAACUA